AUGGGAGAAUCUCGGCAAGAACUCAUCCAAUGGCUCAACAGCCUCCUCCAGCUCAACAUCACAAAGGUCGAGCAGUGCGGAACAGGCGCGGCCCUCUGCCAAGUGUACGACAGCAUCUUCUUGGAUGUGCCCAUGUCCCGCGUCAAGUUCAACGUCAACACCGAAUAUGCCUACAUCCAGAACUUCAAGAUCCUGCAGAACACCUUCACUAAGCACCAUAUCGACCGUUCCAUCCCCGUCGAGUCGCUCGUCAAGUGCAAGAUGCAGGACAACCUCGAGUUCCUGCAGUGGACCAAGAAGUUCUGGGACCAGUACUACCCGGGUGGCGACUACGAUGCUGUCGGCAGACGGAAAGGCAGCGCGCUGCCUCCCAGUACCGGGCCGGCUCCGCGGGCGCCCAGCGGUGCUGCACGACGGCCCGGCGGUACAACUCCCACCACGGGCCCUCGGGUCGGUGCCAAGGCUGUCGGCGGUGCGGCAACGGCGGCGUUGCAGCAGGAGAACAACACGCUGAAGGAGACGGUCGUGGGCCUCGAGCGGGAGCGCGACUUCUACUUCAGCAAGCUGCGCGACAUCGAACUUCUGAUCCAGCAGGCCAUUGAGGAGGACCCGGAGCUGGACAAGCAGGAGGAUGGGCUGAUCAAGCAGAUCCAAACCAUUCUUUACUCGACCGAGGAGGGCUUUGAGAUCCCCGACUCGGAGCAGGUUGACGACCAGGAGACGUUUUAG